CCCAGGUGUUUUUAUUUCAAACGAAGAUCUUCUGCAGUUCUCUAGUAAUUCUGUUCUUCUUGUUUGAUCCGUAAUUGAAAUUUUUUUUAUUUAUUCAACAUGCUCGGCUUGAGAUAUCUCCAGAAAUUUAAAAGGGUCAAGUCAAGUGCACAACAUUACAUAAGACGAUCGGCUUCCAGCUACAACCAAAGAUCGACGAAUGAUAUUGGGCUUCAUGGCUAUUCCUUAUUAGCAAUACCCGCUCUCACCUUUGGUCUGGGCACUUGGCAGAUAUACAGAUGGCAAUGGAAACUUGGUGUUAUAGAACACUUGUCUAAUAGAACAUCUGCACCUCCAGUUCCAUUUCAGUCCACCAACAUUGAAGGACUGUCGGACAUGGAAUACCGAAAACUUGAACUUUGUGGAUCAUUUGAACAUGACAAGGAAAUUUAUAUAGGACCAAGGUCAUUGGUUGGAAAUGAAAAGAAUGAAACUGGUGGGAUGCUUUCUUCAGGACAAAGUGGCUACCAUGUUGUUACUCCAUUUAAGCUAUCAGAUUCCAAUCUUACAGUUCUUGUCAAUCGCGGAUGGGUCCCUCGUAAAAAGUUAAACCCGUUUACCAGAUUAAACGGACAGACAGAAGGUGAAACAAAACUAAUUGGAAUUUAUCGUUCGAACGAAACUCGCCCUCAGUUUGUGCCUCAGAAUAGGCCCAAAGAUCGUAUGUUUCAUUUUAGAGACGUGGAAGGAAUGGCUCGAUUUUUGGACACAGCUCCAAUUUACUUUGAGGCUGACGCCAAUAGUAGUGUUCCUGAUGGACCAGUUGGUGGUCAAACGGUUGUCACUGUUAGAAACGAACAUGUUUCCUAUAUUUUGACAUGGUAUUUAUUAUCCGCAAUCACAGCUUUUCUGUGGCAUAGGCGAUUCGUUAAAAAAAUGCCUCUUAUGUAACUUUCAGUGAAUGAGUUAAUUGCUCUAUUUUCCAGAGGUAUGAGUAACAUUAAUAAAUUUUUUAAUUGUCAAAUAUAA